AUGGAAGAAUUUUUUUGGCAAAAGGAGUCCAGGGUCAAGUGGAAUAUAUUAGGGCAUAGGAAUAUGACCUAUUUCUAUAGAACUUCCAACAUCGAGAAUUCCUCCAAACUCAUCACAUUCAUUGGACAUGAGAACUCUUUGAUCAUCAAUCCUCUUGAGAUUGACAACAUUCUUGUGAAUCAUUUCACCAGUAUCUUUAGAUUUUGUAAUAAUGUGACCAGUAAUGAUCUUAUUGAUCAAACCAUUCCUAGUUUGAUUUCUAAUGCCACUAACAACCUGCUCAUUAUGACUUCUUCUGCCUCUGAGAUAACUAAUGCAAUUUUGUCUCUUAACAAGGAUGAUUCCUCUAGGCCUGAUGAUUUUAGUGCUUUUUUCUUCCAAACUUAUUGGGAUACUAUCAAAGAUGGUGUGAUUGGUGUCAUUCUUCAAUUCUUUAUCUCUAACUAG